GGACAACCCUAUAUACGUGCCCCUCCAUGAGGCCAUCUCUGUGAAGAGUUUGAAUUUUCCGACCGGCUCACUUAUUUUAUGAAGGGAGAAGGCUUUAGGGACACACAAGCAGACAGUGGUGGACAAAUUUCAGUGCGAAUCGGUGUUCGACAUAUUCUGAAACAAAGUACCUUUCACCAACUUUAUCCUCCAAAGCUGACUGGUCAUCCUGAAUGGGAGCACAGGCGAGGACCCCGGGGAUCCCAGGGCUCGGGGACGAGCGUGCCGGUGGACAUCGCGGUGAUGGGGGAGGCCCACGGGCUGAUCACGGACCUGCUGGCGGACCCCUCCCUGCCGCCCAACGUGUGUACGGCUCUGCGGACCGUCAGCAACCUGCUGAGCGCCCAGCUCACCUUCCCGGCCCUGCACAAGGCCCGGCCCGCGCCCUCACCCGGGACCCUGCCCGCCUGCUCGGAGGGCCUGCCCGCCUCCGACACCGAGGACGGACCGGAUCGGGAGAAGCCGGCCAUUCCCAAGCGCCUGAGGAAGAGUCUCCCGCCGGGGCUGCUGAGGCGCGUCUCGUCCACGUGGACCACGACGACGUCGGCCACGGGCCUGCCCACCCUGGAGCCGGCCCCCGUGAGGAGAGACCGCAGCGCCAGCAUCAAAGCCCACGAAGGGCCUUCUUCUGUCAGCACUACUAAUCCCGAGGCAUGGAACAGCUCCGUCCUGAUGACCCUCACCAAAAGCCGGUCGUUCUCUUCGUCCUACGCCGUGUCCGCCACAAACCACCUGAACGCCAAGCGGCAGGUCCGAGCGGGUCUCCUGGCGAAAAUUUCCCCGCUGUCGUCCCCGUGCCCCUCGCCGGUCCAGGGCACCCCCGCCAGCAGCCCCGUCAGCAAGAGCUCGGGCGGGCAGUUUCCGGACUCGGCCGACGCGACCGGUCAGCUGGGCCUCAACUCUCACAAGGCGUUGGCCUACACCCAGAGCGCGCCGGACCUUUCUCCCCAAGGCCCGCCCACCCCUCCUGCCGUCUGCAGCAGCUGUGGAAGACCUUUUAGCCAAGGCAACACUACGGACGCGCAGUUGGAGAGGAACACUUCAGGGAUUUCUUCCCCGGGCAGGACAGAUGACGCAGCGCAAGUGACCUCGGACUACGAAACCAACAACAGCGACAGCAGCGACAUCGUCCAGAACGAGGACGAGGUGGAGGCCUCCAAAGAGCCGCUGAGAAAGGGGUCGCCCUGCAGCCCCUACGCCCCCGAGGCCGUCAUCUUCGUGGAUAAACCCAUUCUUGCUCCCGAACCCCUCGUCAUGGAUAAUUUGGAUUCACUAAUGGGGCAGCUAAACACUUGGAAUUUUCCCAUCUUCGAUUUGGUGGAAAAGAUCGGACGCAAGUGUGGCCGGAUCCUCAGUCAGGUGUCCUACAGGCUUUUCGAAGACAUGGGACUUUUUGAAGCUUUUAAAAUUCCAGUGAAGGAAUUCAUGAACUACUUUCACGCCCUAGAGAACGGCUAUCGAGAGAUCCCUUAUCACAACAGAAUCCACGCCACCGACGUGCUGCACGCCGUGUGGUACCUCACCACCCAGCCCGUGCCCGGCCUGCCCACCAGCCUCAACGACCACGGAUCGGCCAGUGAUUCAGACUCGGACAGCGGGCUCCCGCACGGCCACACGGGCUACGUCUUCUCCAAGAUGUACAUGGCGGGCGAGGAGCGGUCCGGCUGCCUGGCCGGACACAUCCCCGCCCUGGAGCUGAUGGCCCUCUACGUGGCCGCCGCCAUGCACGACUACGACCACCCGGGAAGGACCAACGCCUUCCUCGUGGCCACCAGCGCCCCCCAGGCCGUGCUAUACAACGACCGGUCGGUUCUGGAGAACCACCACGCUGCCGCCGCGUGGAACCUCUUCAUGUCUCGCCCAGAGUAUAAUUUCCUGAUCAACCUCGACCACGUGGAGUUCAAACAUUUCCGCUUCCUCGUCAUCGAGGCCAUCUUGGCCACCGAUCUGAAGAAACACUUCGACUUCGUGGCAAAAUUCAAUGCCAAGGUGAACGAAGAAGUCGGAAUCGAUUGGACCAACGAGAACGACCGCCUGCUGGUCUGCCAGAUGUGCAUAAAGCUGGCGGACAUCAACGGCCCCGCCAAAUGCAAGGAGCUUCACCUGCAGUGGACGGACGGCAUCGUCAACGAGUUUUACCAGCAGGGUGACGAAGAAGCCAGCCUGGGCCUCCCCAUCAGCCCGUUCAUGGACCGCUCGGCUCCUCAGCUGGCCAACCUCCAGGAGUCCUUCAUCUCCCACAUCGUCGGACCGCUGUGCCACUCCUACGACUCGGCCGGCCUGAUGCCCGGGAAGUGGGUGGAGGACGACGCCGACGAGCUGGGGGGCGACCCCGACGGGCACCCCGAGGACGGGGAGGAGGAAGAGGACGACGACGGGCAGAGCACCCCCGAAGGGGAAGCUGACGAGAACGCGGAAUCCUCAAGAAAGCCAAAGUUCCAGAGGAGGAAAAUUCACUGCCAGAUCACGCAGCACCUGCUGCAGAACCACAAGAUGUGGAAGCAGGAGAUCGAGAGAGAGCAACGCCUGAGCGGGGCCGGGGGCCGGGGUAAGGGCGGACCGGACGCCGCGGGCCCGGCCCAACCGGCGGAAACCAUCCAAGCCAUCACGGAGGAGGAUGAAGACAGAGGGAGAGGCCGGGGAGAGGAGAGUACCGCUGCCCAGCCGGCCCAGUGACCACGGCCCCGAGUGGGAGUGGGCCCCGGGCCGGAUGGACCCGCCCCCGGACCGUCCUACAAGCCAGCACAAAAUCUAGACACGACACUGUAGAAAUACGGGAUCAUUGCACCUGCAGCUGUUCCACCUGUCUCUUUUUCCUUCGUUUUAUUAUUAUUCUUCAUAUUUUUUACAGUGAGGUACAUUGUUUCGACACCGGCUUCUAGGGACCUUUCGAAGAUGAGAAGAAUCUGGAUCUCUACGUGCCCAUGGUUGUGGGGUGGGCCGGGAUCACUUCCGACCCCUUUCCCGCACACGGCACUCACACCCGUACGUGUGCAAACACACACACACACACACACACACAGAGGGGAUUUGUCACCCCACAUUUCUUGGAUUUAACUACAAAGGCAGAUAACUAUCGCUGUCGUACAAGGAAGUUGGGCGGACGGUCUGAUUCACAGUUAACCGUCAGGUACCACAACUAAGUCGCCUUUGCCCUCCCUACUGAAGGAUGAAAUUUGCAAGGUCGAUGGGAAUCCUGAUGCAUCCUGCCAACGAUUUGUGUUGGCAUGGAUGUGGGUGUGGGCAGGGGGGUGAAUGAUUGGGUGUGCAGUGUGUGUGUAUGGGCGGAUGUGUGCCCGCUUGCGUGUGGUUAGAUCAGUGGAGUUGGAAUACGUACCCAAUUAGCACAGCACUGUAGCACGUGACUCAUUUCAAGCGAACAGAUCGGACAGAUCGAAAGGAAGUUGCCCCGGCAGCGGCGGCUCCAUCCCUUCCGUCGGAGCUCCGUCUUUCCAACCGCGGGGAACUUCUCCCCCGAGUCGGCAUCCCGGCCGACUCCCAACAGAGGUCCGGAGAUGAGCACUACUGAGACGGCACCUCUGGGAGGGUUCUUUCUCCCACUGACUGCAAAAACCCCUGGGAAUACAGGCCCCUUCUCCUUACUCGUCAGGUGUCGGGGCAUACGUACCUGACUUAUGGGUUUAAGGAACAGCUUUGUCACUCGUCUAAGGAGGAGGCCGGCCCCGACCGGGCCUCGGACCGGGAGGAUGUCUGGAAACGGCCUCAAAGGCGAGAGUCCCGGGGCCAGAUUUCACACCGGUCACCCCGUCCCAGCCGUGCCUUCUCCACGCCCGUCGCCAAGGAGGCCAUUUUCUCAGUUUUCAGCAUCGGGCCACAGAAGGGAGUUGUCAGGACCUGAUUUCCCAGAGUCCUUGGAGCGGAGGCCUCCUGGCCCGGGGACUGGUGAGCCCGGGUUGGGGUCCAGGGGACAGCCACCCCUCAGAGGCACUCAGUCCGGAGAGGAGCCAGGUGAGCGGCAAACUGGCCCCCACCCCGCCGCCGCCACCGAGGAGCCGGGGUGUCGUCAUGACUUGUCCGCUUUGGCGUGGAGCCCGUGCCUCAGCUGGAGAGACUCUUUCAUCCCACGUGUGUUUCUGCUGUGAGCCAAACCCCUAUUUAAAAAGUCGAUCCUCGCUUUCCACGUUUGAUUUCACGAUAUGAUAUUUGACAGGGAUUCGUUGUCUUGUAAAUAUGCAGAAAUGUUUUAUCGGUUCCUGUAGAUAGUCAACUCUGUUCCGGGGAAGGGCCGGAGAGGCUAUGAGAAAGGGACGCAUCUAUUGUAAAGUUAUUCUUUUGCGAUCUCUAUUCUUAUACAUCGUAGCCAUCUCCAGGCUCAGAUAGUAAAGUGGGGAGCAUCUUGCCGAGAUUUCGGGGGCAGCCACUAAAUCUACAUUCUCCAUUUCAGGGGCGAGGAAUUGGUGCGUUGAUCCAGUGUAGUAUUUUUGGACUGAUGGGCCAGGUGUUUUAGUAAAAUAUGGACAGGAUUUCCCAGGACGUUCUGUCUGUAAGAGGGAUUUGAAUUAAAUUUUGUCAGGUAGGAAGACAGUUGCAGCUCAUCCAAAAUGUAAUUUUUAUGGUGCCCUUUCCCACUAUUUUAGCAUAUUGCCCUCGCUGUCGUAACAUGCAGACCUCCUGAACUUCCUCUGAAUAGUGAGACUAUGCCCUUUGGGUUUGGUAUUGCUAACUUGCCCUCACCCCCUCGGUUUUUGUCAAGAAGAGAGAGUUUCACAACUCCUUAGCUUCCUGCAAAAGGACCUUUCUGCUUGAAUGCCCAAACCGACCUCUGAACCGAGAGGAUUCCCGACGCAGAAGUCGGUACGUAGCAGCAUGACAUACUGGUUUCUCACCUGCCUUCCUAGCAAAUGGGGAGAGAAGCAGGCAUCUAAACAACCAGAAUGCCUUUCGAGACCGGCCCUUAGUGGUGUGAGCUCUGAUGGUUUUGAAUUUCUUCCAGGCACCUGGCACUUCACAUUUGCACAGAUCCCACAGUUUUCCAUUCCUUUUAUCCCAGGGGCUUGAAUCGUUCUUCCCCUGAUGCAGGUUUUGAGGAGCGGUAGGGCGCUCCCACCUCUGACCGUUUCCUGGACUGGCCACAUAAAACACGAUCGUCACUGGCGGAUUUCCCCACGUGGUGGAGGCUGAGGGAGUUUGGGGAUGGGGUAGGAGUGGGGAGCGGCGAAGGAGCUGUGCCGGUUGGGGUAGGGGAGGAGUCGCUGCUGGAAGGCAGUAGUUCCUUUGUCCCUGCAGGAUCGGAAGGCCUCGUUUGAGGUGUGAGGCCCACGGGGGAUCCGCCGAGGAGAGACACCCCCUUCUGAACCCCGAUCCCCCCCAGACUGGCUUCAAACCCAGACUUGGAGUGACGGCCGCUGGAACCCUGUCGAUUUAAAUUCUGCAUUCCCCCAGCUCCAUCGCAGUGUGGCAAGAUUUCAGAGACACGGAAAGAUUCCCUGGAGAAGAAGAGGUGCCCUCUCAGAGAUGGCACAGCCAGAUGACAGACGUGUGCAUCGAGGGCGGUGUUCCAGCGGGCCCAGGGAUUUGCUGAUGAAAAAGACUCUCUUCACCCUUUUUUGGUCGAUGUCACCGAGCAUUAUCUACGCAUCCGUUCCCAGCUGCCUCCUCUGGCGCUCCGGAGACUGUCCUCUGCUCUUCAUUCAAGCCUAAUCUGUGCGUUCCAUGAGACAAACUCAGGUCUUGGAAAUGAAAGCAUGCCCGCCCAGCUCUGGAAAAAGGACGUUCUGGAAACCAAGGUGGGAGACAGUGAGAACGGGUUUUGCCGGUUAACUUCGAACCUGGGUUCUGAAUACUGAGUGACCGAUAGCCCCUGCCGAGCAGACCCCAUCUCUUAUGAUUGCCACCCAAGGGACGGGCCACUGUGUAACACCUUGGUUUCCACCGUCAGCCAGUCACGAGACUCCCCCCCAUUUCCUCGAAUGGUGUUUGAACUUUCAGUGGUAGAUUUUUUUGUGGACCCAAUAAAUGAUCCCAGAAGAAGAUGAGAAAGCCAGUAGCUAAAGCAGAAUCUGUCUUAGUGGGAGGAGGAAGGAGGCUCUUCACCCAGCUAAGAAAAACCCUCGGAAAUACAGUCCCCAGGGGCUGUUUCCUUUCCUUGGGACUGGCUUCCCUAACCAGUCCCCAAAGACAAUCAAGCCUAACGUCUCAACCGGUGGUGCUGCAUCAGCGACAUUCAUCUUCCAAUAUGGUAGCGGCAGAUGUUGAUAUAAAAUCCUGUUGUUUCCCACUCUCCCCAUUCCAGGCUUCCAACCUCCUUCUCGGCCUUAGAAUUCCCUGCAAAGUCAAGAACUUGCAGAGGAAGGUGAACUCCGAUCUGCUGGUCUGGCGAAGAAUGAAAAAAGAAAAUAAAACCUAGGUCAUGAAGAGACUCACGUAUUCUUCAAAAAUCAAACCUUUAAUCUGAGGCGAUCGCUUACCCAAAAAGAAUACUCCUGUAACCACCGGUUUUUUUACUCGAACUCUUCCUUCAGCUUCCACUCCCAACUGAUCCCUGAAUCGUCAUAUGGCCGUUAGACCGAAUCUGUUCUAAUUCCCAGUUUUUCUUUCUCCAGUUCUGCCCUCCCCCCAGGCGACCGUUGGGCAGAUGGUUCUGAGGAGGGCCUUUGGUCUGGCUAUCAUUCACCCUCCGCUAUUUUUCUUAACCAAGCAAAGAGUUGAAAACCAUUUGGGAGACAUUGCCCACUUGCAAGGAAGAGCUCCCAACGAUACCCAGCUACGGGGCUUUGAGGGAAGAAACUAUUCUAGCAAAAAUCUCUGAUUUCUGGUUGCUUUUCUAUCACUUGGAGAAUGCUCUCUAUUCACCAUGGGAAACUUUGGAACCAGAAGGGAGUUGUUAAGGUAAGCAUCGGGGGCCAUGCAUCAGCUAGAAUCUGUGCCGAUGGCCCUUGUGGUCCCCAGUGCAGGAAGGGUUCGGUUUUGAAGGUGUUUUUGUCCGGGGGCCUCAUCUAGUUGUCUUUUGGCAACAAAAACACAUCAACUGCCAAGGCAGCUUCGACCACCUGGGUGAACUCUUUUCCUUGGUUCUAGAAGUACGUCUGCAAUGAAAGGGUCAUGAAAUGCUCAGCCAAGGGGCUACUUUGACUUGAGAUGCAUUAUGGAAAACCAAGCGGUUACCAAGAUUGGUGCAAGUCAGGGACCGUCAGCUCCAAGUUCCACUCUGAACGUCGGUUCGGUGACCGUAACUUGAACACGAUUGACGUCCAACUCCGGUGAACUCGCUUGAAGGCCUGGCGGUCAGGGAUGACCGAGGAAGAUGUGGAAAAUGCCAUCCCCACGAGAGAUUCUUUUUCCUAGGACAAACACGCCCUGGAUGGCAGUCCCAGAGCCGCACUUUAUACACAAGUCUGGGUCUUUAACCCAAAACCUGACCAGCUGCUCCUCCGAGCAGGACAUUCGGAAGCCGCCUACCUCAGAGCCCUCCCCGGGAUGCAGUACUGAGAGAGGAAACCCAGGUAAUGGCGGCACUCCACAGGUGCUGGAGAUGUUUGCUCCUCUGUCCAUUUUCCAUUUUUAUUUAAAAUCGGAAGCCAUCGGCCAAACGGUUCGGAUCCAAGCACAAGCAACGUGGAGCUGUUCAGUAGAUCCCUACUGUUGUGAGACAGGGCCAUUUGUCACUAUGACUUGUCAUCCUAGAACUGAUCUAGGUGGGUUCCCAACAUCCUCCUCAGUAGAAACGCCUCAUCUCUUGAAAUCCACGGAAUCCGUUACACAGAGCGUUGAGAAAUCCGAAAGAGAAUUGAAAUAUUGGAGGGAGAAGACGGUGUUUGGUGUUUUGCCAAGAUCCUACCUACCUCAGGAAAAAGAAAAAUAGUAAGGUGGGCCUGGUAAAUAUUUGGAGUGACAUCAUUAUAUAUAUUUUGCGUAUUCCCAAAGGAACUUCGAUCAAGGACAGUUGUCUCUUCGCAUGGAUGGACUGUGGAGAAGAAAUAUAAAAUCCACUGUCCAGCAAUAGAUCGGAAAAUUGAAUUGAAAUGUCCUGGUCCCGCCACUUUAAAAAUACUAUCCCGUGUAGAGGUCGUUAUGAGAAUGGAGAUUUCUGACCUCAAAGUGGGUAGACCAAUCUUCCCAACUCAAAGAGAAGUGAACCCUCCCAAUUUAUCAUGUGGUGUUAGAGGUGCCCACUGAGGAAUAUAAAAUUAAGGAACGCACCCAAUUUCUAUCUCCCCUUGCUCUUCUAAGCCUUCCCCCUGCCCCGCCCCCAACCCUUUCUUCCUUACCCCAUUGGAACCAUGUCCCGGAUUUCCCCAGUUAGGCCAUCACAAUCUGGAACAAACCUCAAGACAGACACACCACGGGUUUCUACCCUCCACCGUACCCCUUUUGCCAUCAAAUGUCAGCCAGUUGCUCCGGUCAAAAUGAUUUAUUUGGGAAAUUGAAGUCACCGGUGGCAAAAUCUUUUUUACGUAGCUCUAACCCACUGGGUUUUUAAAAGAGAAAUGCUGUACUGUUUUGAUGCAGUCGUUAUAUUUUCAGGAACGCCAUCCCGAUCGGGCUAAAACCUAGUGAGCAGAAAUCCCCCUCAAGAUGACGGUAAGGACAAAAAUCAUUUUACGUCAUCGUGAGGGUAAGCAGCGGUAGGUAGUUUAAGGGUUCACCUGCUGGGAUUGAAGAGCAAAGGAAGCGCUUUCAGGGCUGGGAAGGGGAGAGAAGAUGAGAGGAAUGUAAGGUCUGGGAAUGAAGAGUGCCGGGCCCAGACAAUCAGGCGAGCCUUCUCAGGGCCUCCUCAGCCUUCCCCCCAGACCAAAGAAGCCCAAUCAGUUCAAUAUUCCUCGGGCGCACAAGGGGCUGAAGAGUCCCACGGAUAGAACUGGGUCUUCCUGGACUAUGGAGAACGCUGCUUCACAGUUCCUGAAUGAGAAGCCCCCAUUUUGCUUUGAAGCAGGGGAUCUCUCCACGCAGGCCAUUUCACUCAUCCCACGUCAACUUUCUAACCCAUCUCUUGAAUGUGAAAACACGGAGCCGUCUGUGACCCCACCGGGCUUGGAUCUAACUGGUGGGGAGAAGGAGGGUCUCCCCCUCCCCCGCUGCAGGAUUUCCUCGGUUAUUUACAACCAGUAACCCGGGACUGCACAGCAGUUCUCUUCGAAGAAUCCGAGCCCCCUUUAGGACCGCUCUUCUUUCGGCGGGGGCCGGGGUGCGGGGGGUUUGGCUUUGCCAGUAUAUAGUUGGUGAUCGUUACUUACUGAAUCCUAAGGCUGAUUUUUAUAACCGAUGUACAGCGUUUGCAUGGGGGAAUGUGAUUUACACUGUAGCUUAUCUUUGCUUGCCUGUUGCCUUGACUGUCGAAUGGGUGGCAGUUGGUUUUCAUUUGGGAAAGGAGCUUCUCCUUGGGCGCCAAGAGAAAUCAUCUUUGCCGUGCCGAGCACUGGAAAUCGAUAGCAAUUGGGUCCUCGGUCAGACAGUUCUUCUUUUGUAGAGCCCCUCGUCAUUUUUUCUCCCCAAGUGAGAUUUGGUGCUUGUCAGUCAUUGGGACGGGUCGGGGGAAAAGGAUAGAGGAGAGGUGGGGAGUCACACGAUGGCUCCCAGGAAUGCUCCUUCCCGCUCUUCCUCUUCUCCGGGUCUUCCCGGAACCAGGCCGUAAAAGCCAGCGGUGCCGGGAGCUUCUCGGAGGACCGGGUUGGGAGCCACCCUCUGGGCCGGCGAAGUAGGAAUCGGCGCUCGGAGCUGGGGAACGGAGGCUUCCCUUGGGCUCUGUGGCCCUGGAACCCCGAAGCUCGGGUGGGAGGUUUCCCUGUGGGUUGUUCGGCUUGGAGCCCCUGAAAAGCAAUAUUUAAAUUUAAAGAAACUGCCAACCAAAGUGGCAAUACAGAAAGGCCAUAUUUUCAGGUCUGUACUUGCCAGUUUUUAACCCGGUAUUGUCCUCACUCUUUAGCGUGUACAUUAAUUUAUAUUGCUGUAUUGUCAGUAGGGUAACAAACGGUUCCACCUAGCAAAGCACUCCACGAACAAUGCCUUGUAUCCUUUAGGUGAUGAUCUCUCACGGAUGGAAUAAACCUUUUCCUUUCACUAGUAUCUUGCACUUAAUACAUGUAGCAAUACUUAAUAUAUUCCCUUCACAAGUAUUUGUUAAGUGAUUUAGUUAAUGGCCGAUAAAUGUUUUGUACAAAAUAGAUUCUGUACAGAAAAAAAAUCUUUUAGAGAAACAUUAUUUAUUUUUACUGUUUUGUAACUUAGACACUAUACUGAAGCUCCCUUUGGCCAGAAUUACUGGAAGUGCCUCUUGGUAAUAUGUAUAAUAUAGUAAAUAUAUAUUCAAAAUUACUAGAAUUAUUGGUCACAAAUGAAUAAUGUGGAUGUUGCAAUGUGAAGACAACUGUACAACAUAAAUAGAAUUCUGUGGUA